AUGCUCACGCCGCCGCAAAAACAACAACGCGUAGAGUGUUCACGUGCAUUUUUGGACCUCUGCAAUGAAGAUAAGAAUGGUGUAUUGAGUCGAAUUGUUACUGGUGACGAAACUUGGAUUCAUCAUUAUGAACCUGAGUCGAAACAAGACUCUAUGCAGUGGCAUAAAAAGGGCACAGCACCCCCCAAGAAGUUAAAGGUGCCACAGUCAGCUGGGAAACUCAUGGCAACGGUCUUUUGGGACUCAGAAGGAAUAUUAUUAAUCGAUUAUAAAGAUAAAGGUGUUUCUAUAACCGGAGAAUACUACGCUUCAAUAUUAGAGCGAUUAAAAGAAGCCAUUAAACAGAAAAGACAGGGAAAAUUGACGAAAGGUGUGCUGCUUUUGCACGACAAUGCGCACGUCCCGCCGCGUGGCGUUGGCUGCCCUGCUUAA